AUAAGAAAUAAAAUAAUAUUUUUUGUUAAAAUGAAUUUAAAAAUUUUAUACAUAUCAAAAGAAUUUAAUAAUGUCACAUGAGACUAAUAAUGUUAUAUCCUUAAAAAUGUCAUAAUAUAAUUUACAUUUUCCCGUUUGUAUGUGUUAAUAUAUAUAUUUAUGUAUGUAAAUCAUUGGAGUGUUUAUACUUCUUUAAUAUACAACUAUAUUAUAAAUGAAAUUUACAUAUUAAAAUUAUUAUACAUUCCAUGCCCAUUCAAAAAAUGGACUUAGAAGCAACUGUAGUUAAACGUUUACAAAAACUGAGGCAGUGGCAGUUAGAACAACAAGAACGAUUGUUGAAACAGCAAGAGAUACAAAGACAGAUGUUAACUCAGAAACAAGAUUGUAUGUAUAAAGCGCUUGAAUUAUCAAUACAAGAACUUGAUCUGGAUAAAGAUAUAUUAGAUAUAAAUAAUUCAAAUGAAUCUGAUAAAAAUACUGGAAUUAAUAAUAAAAAUCUAAUUAUGUUACAUAAUAAACCACAAACGAAAGAAAAUUAUACACAAGCAAUAAAUAAGAAUGACUCAUGCAUUGAUCAAAAUAUAAGUGGCAAUUUUGAAAACAUAAUUUCACGACAAAAGUCACCGACACAAAGAUUCAUUAAAGAUGUAAUUAACAUUGAAAGCCAUAUAAGAAGACAGUCAAAAGAUAAAACAGGUAUAAAAAAUGACAUAGAAGAAGAAAAACAACUAGAACAAUUUAUUAUGGAUGGAGUAGCACCAUUACCACCUGAUAAAAUAGUUGUUCAUCACAUUUCUAUUGAUGAUGUACCAAUAUUUUCUCCGAAAAAGGAUUUUCAUACAUUGCUUGAAGAAAGAUUGAAAGACAGUGAAAAUGAACUUCCUGGAAAAAAGUCUAGUGCUAGUUCAGGGAAUAAAAUAAAAAGGCCAUUUUUAAGAAAAGGAGAAGGUUUGGCUCGAUUUAAAUUGAAUCAACAAUUACAACCUUCUACAUUGAAAACAAGAUUACAUAGUAUAUCAUUUACUAACAAUACACAAUCUAGUUCUAAAUGUCCUAGAAAUGAAGAUAAAUGCAAUAAAACUCAACAUUUAAAGAAUGCACAAUUAUCAAAAAAGACACAUUGUAUAAAUGUAGCUCAAAAACAUUUAUGUCUAAAAAAUGUUUCAUUACCAAAGAAAAAAAUUCGUAGUACGCCUAAAUCUAAUACCACAACUACAUAUUUGAAAGAUGAUAUUAAUGAAGUGAAAAAUGCAGUUGAAUUAAAUACUUCAGAUUUUCAUUCUGGAACUCAGAAAGAAUUAGAAGAAGUAAGAAUAUUUGAAUUGUUAGAAGAAAAAGCAGAGAAUUCUAGCUUCUGUUCUACAUCUAGUGCAGUUACUGCAUUCUUACAACAAUCAACACCAUUUAAAAUAAAAAAUGCUGAAUAUAGAAUGGGCAGUAGUGUGCACAAUGCGAAACAAGUUACUCCAAGAAGUAACAUACCUAAAGAACAAUUGAUUGUAAAAUCUAAUCAAGCAUAUAAAUGUAUGAAGUCCAAUAAGGAUACUGAUACUCACUGCGAUCUCUUACCUUUUAUAAAUCAAAAGAUUAUUCAUGAUGAUAUACAUGAAGAUAUAAUGUUUUUGCAAAAUACUAAUGAAGACAAUAGAAUAAAACCAAAUAGAAAUGGAUACAUGUCAUUAAGGGAUCAAAUCGAAUCUAUAUAUAAUGAACAGAAUGUUAUAAAUAGAAUUGAUGUUCCUAUUGCUGAAGACAAUAAAGAAGUCAGUCCUCAUGUUAGAUUUUCUGAAUUUAAUGAAUACAAAACAAUUGGAUUAACAGAUACCUCAAGUAUAUCAACUGAAUCAUUAGUAACAAAAAGCUUUUCAGAUGAAAAGGCUUGGAGUGAUUCCUCAAUCCUAGAAACAUCUACUGUACAAACAUUAUCAGUGCCAUUUGAAGUAUCACAGUCUCCUGUAAUAAUGAAAAGUAAAAUGCAUAAGGCACAAACCUGUAAAGAUAUGACAGAGAACAAUGAUUCUACUUGUAAUACAGAUGAUAUGUACCAAAAUGUGUGUCAUAAAGAUGAAUCAGAGUUAUCAGAUACUGAGGAUUUAACUUCCAAUGAUGAAGUAAGUAAUUUACAUAAAUCUGGACAAGAUGAUUUAACACCACAAAAAAUUGAUAACUUUUAUGAUAUUGGAACAUUUAAAAAAAAUAUGAAAUUUUGUGACAACAAAAAAAUAGAUGAAUAUGUAGAUAAUCAUAAUAAUGUAGUUGUAACUGAAGAUCAGGAAAAUAUAAAAUACUUACAAGAAACAAACGAAACUAUUUUUAAAUCAGAACUUUUAAAAGCUCGUUUAUUGGAACUUGAGCAGGAAAUCAAUAUAUUUCGUAAAGAAAAUGCAGCUUUAUUUAUGCAGCGUAAAAAAUUACGUGAAGAUCAUCAAAGUUUACGCAAAGAGUAUGCGGAAAAAGAAAAAAAUUUUGCAGAAAAUAAAAAACAAGUAGAAGAGCGUUUACAAGAAGAAAGGAAAAAGCUUGCACGUGAAAAGUCCGCAUUAGAAAAUAGAAUGCGAGAUUCACAAGAAAAAGCUCAACAAAGUAAAUUGGAAAGACAGGAAAUCCAAAAUUUGAAGCAAGAAAUAGAACAAUUGGUGCAGGAUAUGCAUAUAAAGGAAAGUAGAUGGAAUGCAGCACAAUCUAGACAUAGAUGUCAAAUGAGAAUAUUAAAAUUAGAAAAUUCAAAACUGAAACAAGAAGUAGAGAAAUUAAAGAAAAAUAAUAUUAGGAAUAAAGGAAGAUCUGGAGCUUCUGCAAAUACAAGAGCAAUUCAUCAAAUUAAUAAACAAAUUGACAUGCAGUAUAAAGAAUCUAAAAAAAUUAAUGAUGCUUCAUCAGAUGAUGAUCAAAAAUUGACAGAACCAAUAAUGAAGACAAUAAGUAUAGCUAGUGAACAGGAUAUAGAAAAAAAGAAGGAAUAUAAUUGUAAUAGUAAUACGAAUAUUAUGAAUGAUAAACCACCAAAAAAUCAAACAACUAUAAUAGAUAUUGUUAAAAAACGAAAUUUAUAUGAAAAUUUAAUCAAAGAAGCAACAUUAGAUUUAACAGAAAUUCCAGAAAAAUUUGAUGCUCUUGAAAAUUUAAGUGAGUCUAAGUCAGACUCAAACAAUGAAUUGAAAAAAGUAAAUAGUCAAACAAAUGUUACAAAAGCUAAUUGUAAAAAAUCAUAUAAAGAAUGUGAUACACCUUUUAAUCAUAAUGGUAUUAAUGACAAUACUCAAUUACAUGUGCAAAAUGAUUAUAAAUGUUUUAAUGAAAAUUAUACAAAAGAUUUAGCAUCAGCAGAUAAACUACCUAAUAUACACAUAGAGAAUAUAUCUUUGUCUUACCGAAGUAAUACUAGUACUGAUAAACAAGGUAUGACACAGAUUGAACACCCUGAUGGUUCUAUUGAAUGUCGAUUUCCAAAUGGAAAUAUUAAGAAGAUAUUUCCCGAUCAAGGUAUAACUAAGUUAAUAUAUUAUAAUGGCGAUAUUCGUGAAACUAAUAGAGAUGGAAAAAUAAAAUAUUUUUAUGCAUCAACACAUACAUGGCACACAACAAUGCCAGAUGGUUUAGAGAUUUUAGAAUUUUCUGAUGGUCAAGUAGAAAGAAGAUUGCACGAUGGUACAGUAGAAGUAUUAUUUCCAGAUGGUUCAGUACGAAUCGUAAAGUCAGAUGGUAUUGAAAAAUGGACAUUACCAGAUGGAACAUUAAUGCAAAUUUUUACUAAUGGUGAAAAAGUUCUUACUUUACCAAAUGGACAACGUGAAAUACAUACUAGUACUCAUAAGAGACGUGAAUAUCCUGAUGGAACCAUUAAAUUAAUCUAUCUUGAUGGCGCACAGGAAACACGAUAUUCAAAUGGCAGAAUACGUCUCAAAGAUAAAGAUGGUAAUCUUUUAAUGGAUUCCUAUCAAUAGAAAUUAUAUCACACCUAACAAAAUUGAGGAUAGUAUCUAACGAAACAAUUAAAUUUUAUUUAAAGUUAUGCAUAUUUAACAUAAAUAUAUUUUUAAUAAUAAUAAAUAAAUAAAAUUAUAAUUAGAUAUAUU